AUGUCUCUAGAUCUGCAGCGACGUCCCUCUCAAUGCCCUCACUGCCGAGCGACCCUCUCUGAGACGGUGCAAUAUGGUAUCUCCUCCGGCCAGCCCAAGCUCAUCGACCCGCACGUCGUCUCCGUGGAUGCCAUUACACCACGAGCACACGGCGGGAGGUACACAAGGGAGAACAUCGCCUUUGUCUGCUGGUCCUGCAGCGUGGCCAAGGGGCACGGCUCGGUGGCGGCUCUGAGGUCGUUUCUCCUGGCACUCAAAGAGAGGGCGGUCAUUGGCUCUGGAAGGUUUCUUGCUGUGGACCCGCCUCGGCGGACGGCCCUCACUGAAAUGGAUAGGCAAUACAUCCAAGAGUGGGCAGACCGUCAACACCAACGAGUCCUCAAUACCGUGGCAAACAAUCCGCGCAAGGCAGGAGAUCUGUCGGUCGGAGACAUUGUUGAGCUAGGUUGCGCAAGGUACAUCGGCCAAGGCAGGUACCUGGACCCGAGUGGCCUGUCCCUGCCUCUUUGGGCAGGCUCCCUCGACCGGAUCGACCCUGGAGGAGGAUACGCUCUUUCAAACGUACGAGCGCUCCACACCGUGUUCAAUCGGAUCAGGAUGGACGCACCUGAUGAUGCCCCGAUCAAGCAAGUGAUCGCGCACCUGAAGGCUGCCGACCUCGACGAUGCGGACGCCCCAGUGGAGAUGCUGGGUGGUGAGCAAUUCAGGAGGUGA